GUUCUUGUUUGCGUUUCUGAAAAAAAAAGUAAAAAAGGAAAAUUUAUUGUUAGCUUCUUUCCCUUCUGCUCCGGUUCGCCAUGGAUGGAGAAAAGGAGCAGAAUGUAUCACCUGUGACUUCUAAUUCAACUACGGUCCAUCAUGAAACCCUCGAUUCUGACAAUGGAGAUGUCGAAGAAAUCUCCGAAUCCUUCGUGUGUUGCGUUUGUUUUUUUUUUGGCAGGGAUCUCCUCUACAAGCCUAUCGUACUUGCUUGUGGCCACAUUUCAUGUUUCUGGUGUGUUCAUAGAGCUAUGGAUGCUUGGGGCGAGUCUCAUUGUCCAGUAUGUAGGUGCCCAUAUAAUUAUUUCCCUAGCAUCUGCUUGAUGCUCCACUACUUGCUCCUAAGGAUGUACCCGUUGGCCUAUAAGAGAAGAGAAAAACAAGUUCUAGGUGAGGUUUUACUUUCUAGGCUUCUUCACUUGGCUCUCUUAAGUCUUUAUGGAAGGUCAUCAUCCCUGCUUCCCUUGCCUUUUCCUUUUUAACAGAACUUGUUUUUGGUAGGACAUGUCUGAAUUCGUAUUGCUUUUGAACAUUUACUUCACCAUUAUGUGUAGACAGUGAUACUGCUUGUAAGUUUCCUUGUGGACCAUUCUAUUAGGUAACUGUCUAACAAGAAUAAUAGUUUAACCAUAGAAAA